AUGGCUAAAGCCCUUAUCGACGAAGAUUUUCUGGAUACUAUGUUCCAAUCGACAGAAGAACUGGAGACAUAUUGGGCUACAAUGCUACAGGAUUUCGAGGAUCACUGGCUUCGCGAUUCUCCUGAGCUUUGGUGCCAGGCUAUACCGAUUGUGCUGUGGGGGGACGAGGGCUCUUUGAAUAGAUCAUCUUGGAUGAUCAUGUCCUGGACUCCUGAUUUGUCGGUUUUCAGGACAGAUUCCAGAGCCUCCCGAUACGUGGUGUAUUGCUUGUUGGCAAGCCGCUACUACAUCGAAGGCUCCAGUGUGAAUCAGACCCUUCAAUCGCUGAAUGCUGCUGUCGUGGACGACCUGAACAAUGCCAUGAUGAAUGGUGUAUGUGGCAGUUCAGGGGAACGAUACUACUUCGUCCCUGUGGCUUUCCGUGGUGACCUCAAGUACUUGAAACAGGCCUUCAACUUGAAGAGGAACUCCAGCAGCGAUGAGGUCUGCUUCAAGUGCAUGGCUUCCAACGGCAGGAGCAGUGUGCACCUUGUCUACACUGACACUUCCUUGCAAGCCGGCUGGAGGCAAACAGUCGACAGUGCCCCGUUACCUUGGACUGAAGCUCCUAGCUUCUGUAGACUACAUGGCUUCGACCUGAAGAUGAUACAAGCCGAUUUCAUGCAUACGUUCCACCUUGGCUGCGCCAGGGAUCUGAUCGGUUCCUGUAUAAAACUCAUGACGAGAAAACGUGGGAUUUUCUCCGGUGCUACAAUCAGCAAAAGAUUGAACCAACUGUUUACAGGGUGCAAGCUAUGGGCACGACAGCAUGGCAAGCAGGUGGGCAUCAAAAGAUUGAGACAGAAGUCUUUGCAAUGGUCGGAGUACCCCGAGUUCAAGGGAAAGGCCGCUGAUGCUGCUGUUUUCCUACCUUACCUGUUGUCCGAACUUCAAGACAACCCAAUCGAUGGCCCAUAUUCUGGGUUGUUGGGAGUGCUCUGGGCGGCUGAGCAGCUUAGUCACUGCAUCAUGAGCAGUGGCAUUUUCCUGAGCCUGGAAGAGAAGAGUACCAUCGAAACAGUUGGUCGUUUGUUUUUGGACGGCUAUGGUGUUCUGGCUUCAAUUGCGGUACAACGUCGGGAGAAGUAUUUUAAGAUGCGGCCAAAAUUUCAUGUGCUGCAACACAUGAUCGAAGACGACAGGCCAAGCCGACGUGGCCCUGGCUGGGACCAUACGUUCAUGGACGAAGAUCAUGUGAAGGCAUGCAUCAGGAUGCUCUCGAAGGUUUCGCAUCGCACGGCAGAGAAGAACUUGCUGCUCAGAAACUGUAUACAAGUGAAGCAGACCGUACUUCGAGCCCUGCAGGGUGUGAAAAGCCCGUGA